AUGUCUCAACAUAACGCUGAAGUCUUUACAAGAAAGCCCAAUGGCGCCAUAAUUCCAAACACAAAACUACGCAAACGUUUCAAAUGGCUUAAGAUUGACUUGCAUUUUGUAACACCCAAAGAAUCAAACAAACCGAUCUUAAGCCAUAACAGUUUGAAAGACCACGCCAUCAUAUUCUUUUGGGGACAUUUUUAUUUUAAUACAUGCUUCGCCAAGUUUUUGGUGAUGUCAAAUAUCAUGAACAUGAGCAUAACUCAUUUAAAGGCACUAUUUAAGGUUUACGCUCGUAAACGAAAUGAUACUAUUAUAGUGCCAAAAGAGUUGUUAAAGAAUUAUGUGGUUCAUAACAAUUGA